AUGUUUGGAAAAUCAGUCUUUGCAAUGGUCGCGUCCAUUUGCUUCAUGGAAGUGGUACCACAAGAGAUCGCCACCCCAGCCAGCUUUCUAGAACCGAGGAACUUUAACUACCAUCCCUACCAGUUACAGCAGUACUUGGAGGAGAGUAAACCCACCAAACAAGGACCCGUGCUGUUCCCGAGCGACGGCCCUCCCGCCCCUAGACGACCUUUAAUUGUCACAGCAAGACCCUUAAUCGAGUCCAUCGCUAACAGCGAUCGCAACCCGGACCCACCAAACAGUUCCAUAACCCAAAAUAACAUACCUCUGAACCCCGCAUAUCCUAUACCAAGUCCAGCUGAAGUGACUUUAACCCCAGAUCUCUUGGCUAAAAUUGCUCCAAUUACAAGUAAUGAUAUAUUCGCGAAUCCUCGAGAAACUUCCAUCAAUAACGUACCAGAAGCUUCUACGUACAACCACGUGCCGUAUGCUGAGAUGCUGCUGAAAGCGAGGCUAAAGGGUUACGUGAGGGGUAAUGGAUUCAAUGAUUAUGAGGAGCGGACUGUCUUGCCACCGAUAUACAGAGCUUUAUCGAACCACGCAAGACAAAAUGUGCUCAAACCGAAACCUGCAAAUCGGUAUAACUAUCAGCGACAUAACGUAGACUAUGAGAAUCAAUACGAGAAUAAUGGAGUGUCCGACGAGAAUGAUAGCCCAGAUUAUGACCAGGAUCAGAACUACGCGUUCUCAUAUAGAGUUAAAGAUCAAAAGACAGGCGAUGACUUCUCCCACAAACAAGAAAGCGUCAGCGGUGGUACCAACGGAGAGUACAGAGUUCGACUGCCAGAUGGCAGAACGCAAAUCGUUUCUUACACAGCUGACGAAACUGGCUACAAAGCUGAUGUCAGAUAUGACAAUGAAAACGGCGCAGAGAAUGCAAAUAAAUAUAUUAAUACUAAUAAUAAUUAUGAUAAAAUAAAUCAAAAUAACCAUGUUAAUCCAAAUAACAAUUUAGUAACACACUACCCCAGUAAUGGAUUAAAUACUAAUAUAAAUCGUGAUUACGUUAACAUAAGGCAGUACGAUGACCAAAACGUUGAAAGUAAUUAUUUUAAACCGCAAACCGAUAAUAUAAAAGACUACGAAGAUUUAAUUAACUUUAAUAACUACGUUAACCAUGCAAACAAUGUAAAACAACAAGUCGAUUUUAAUCCCAGAAAUGAUUAUGUAAACUAUAAAGACUCUAUACCAAUCAAAGAAGAUCCUAAUGAAUACAAUUCCAAAGAAUAUUAUGAUUAUUCGUCAGAUUAUACUCAAAACUAUGAGCCUUAUAAUAGUAAAUUUGCUAUUUUCAAACCUACUACAACUUCUUUUCCUAUUGUUACUACAGAAAGACCAUAUACAAUUAAACCUUUGUUUACCGUUGCUCCCACGAAAGGUUUUACUUACGCUGACGGUGUUAUUUCAGCUUCCAACAAUCCAGUAGUAAAAUAUGAAUCAACUACAGAAAACGUAGUUCUUAUUGGUGGUAAAAAAGUUUAUACAAAUGUUAAACAUGUUCUACCAACAGAACUAACUUCUACAGCUAGAAAUUUCGUAGCAGUAACCCCAGCGUCUUACUUGGCAUCUACUAUAGCAAGUUUGAGGGAUAGAAUCACGUCUAAACCUGUUGUCUUGGGAAACUUUAUUAAUAGGAUCAACAAAUAUUUAUCUUACAAAUGA